CGUGCCUGUGUGCGCGGACAGCCCGCGGGGGGACGAGGGCUCCGCUCCCCACCUCGGCGCGGCGGGGCGCGAUGGGGCAGGCGGGCCGGUGGCUGCCCGCGUUGGCGGCGCUUUUCUACGGGGCACUGGCGGCGCUGGUGCUGCUGGGGGUGCGGGACGUGCUGCUGGUCUACGAGGAGAACCGGUGCAGUAUGACCUACAUGUACGAGUACCCCGAGUACCUGAAAAUAAAAUUACCCAAGAAAACAGCCAGACGAUACCCAGCAUAUGAGCUCUAUCUCUAUGGGGAAGGGAACUACGCCAAAGAAAACAAAAAUCUCCUAUUGACAGGAAUUCCAGUUCUUUUUCUUCCUGGGAAUGCUGGCAGUUACAAACAAGUACGUUCUCUUGGCUCCAUUGCACUUAGAAAAGCAGAAGAUGUUGACUUCAAGUAUCAUUUUAAUUUCUUCAGUGUCAACUUUAAUGAGGAGUUGGUUGCAUUGUAUGGUGGUAGUCUGCAACGACAGACCAAGUUUGUGCAUGAAUGCAUAAAAGUAAUUCUUAAGUUGUACAAGGAUCGAGAAUUUGCACCAAGCAGUGUUGCUAUAGUAGGUCAUUCCAUGGGUGGUCUUGUUGCAAGAGCAUUGCUUACUCUGAAGAAUUUUAAGCCUGAACUUAUAAACCUCCUCAUUACACAAGCCACACCUCACGUUGCACCUGUAAUGCCUUUGGACAAAUAUCUUACUGAUUUUUAUACAGCUGUAAACAAUCAUUGGAUUCUAAAGGCCCAAGAGUUAAGAAAUUUAACUACCCUUUCUGUGGCGGGAGGAUUCAGAGAUUACCAAGUUCGUUCAGGACUGGCUUUUCUACCAAGAUCGAGUCAACAUGACAGUGCCUUAUCUGUUGUGAGCUCAGCUGUGCCUAGAGCUUGGGCCUCAACAGACCAUCUCUCCAUAGUGUGGUGCAAAGAAUUGAUCCUGGCUACCAUUAGAGCUUUUUUUGAUCUCAUAGAUGAAAAUACAAGGCAGAUAACUGAGGAUCCAAAGAAGAGAAUGUCUGUACUGAAUCACCACUUUGUGAGACAUCCUGCAAAGAUGUUUGAGGAAAAUCCUGAAGCUUUUACAGAACUCACAGGAACUUUCACGUGGAUUACAGUCAAAGCCUCAAAGUGGACUUACUCAGUUUACAAUGAUUCGGAUGGAAAAUAUUUCACAUUUCCUCUUGCGAGUCACAGAAAAUCAUACAGUCAUGUUUACUGUGAAAACACUCUGUUGGACACAAGUAGCUGGAUUUAUGGCUGUAUGAACAGUAAUUCACCAAUGUGCCUGGAAGCUACUGACUUAUCCUGGAGAGCUGAGUUACUUCCAACCACCAAGGUUGUAAUGCUGAAACUUCAGGACCAUCCUUCUUUGUCUCACAUUGUCAUUCAGGUACCACCCACAGUUGGCAAUAAGUAUACUUUGGACUGUGAAUUCUUCAAAGAGGAUUCCAGAACAGUACAGAUUCCUGUAACACAUCUGUUUUCAUUUGGGCUUUCUUCAAGCAAAAUUCUAUUAAAUUCAACUGGCUUACUUUACAAUGUACAGCUCCAGCACUUCAACCGAAUAUAUCAAGCUUUCAAAAUUUAUAUAGAGAGCCACUGCCAGUCACUCAAAGAAAGAAAACCUAGUGUUUACAGACUUCAUAUACCCUGGUCACAUGAAGACUCCAUAAUUGUAGCGAAAGUUCCAUCUUUGACUGAGAUUUCUGCAAAACUGCAUAUUGCUCAGCCUCAGAAUGACAGCAGGGUUCCAGAGUUAAAUAUUUACUCUUCCUCAGACUGUCACUAUGAAGUAAUUCUGAAGACCUCACUUUUACAGGUUCUUGGGCAAAUGAUCAGGUUCCAUGCUGGUGCUCUUCCGGUCUAUAUUGUUUCUAAUAUUCUUCUUACUUAUGGAGGACAAUUGAGCAAAUUGGUAUCAACAGGCCAGUGUUCAGACUUUUCCCUUGAACUAGUUAGGACAGCUAAACCCUACAAAGUAGAACCUCUUAUAAGCAUUGUUGUGUUUCUGCAGGGGUUUAACUGGUUUAGAGAGAUAUGGGAAUCACUGUCACUACCAGAGGUGGAUGCUGCUGUACUGAGUAGUCGGGAUGCAUGGUUCCCCCUUGUGUCCCUGAUUCUAUUUCUUUUUGGGACAGGCAUUGCCUACUGGAGUGGAGUAUUUUUCUCUACAUCUCUGAGACUCUUCUCUUCACUAUGGUUAACUCUGAUGAGACCUCCUGUGCUUCAAAAAGAUAAGUUGAUUACACCCAGAAGGCUCUGCGGGGCGUUAUCCCUUGCUUUGGUUAGCUGGACCACUUGUGGUGCACUUGCUGUAGUCAUUGUUUAUCUUCAAUACUUGUUUAAGGUUAUAAAACUGCAUGUGAAUGUAAAAGCAGAACAAAACACACUCAAUGGGGAUUCAGGCGACUCAAAAGAAGCUUCAAAGAACUCCAGUAUACACACAGUCAAAAACCGGAGUUCAAUGGACAGUAUUUCAGAAGCAACACAGUCUCUUUCCAACAGCACAAUUGUUGAAGCUGUUAACAGUCUUAAGAUGCAUGUUACAAUUCUCAAUUUAUUCACAUGGAUCGUGCUGCUCAACUUGCCAUCCUUAAUUUAUUGGUUAAAAAAUCUCAGGUACAAUGUUAGACUUGAUCCUGAUCCAUGUAGAUCUACAGCUAUUAUCAUCACAUGCAUUUUAGAAAUUCUCAUGAAUUCACGUACUUCUGAAGUGAAAACCAGUAAACUCUUGAAGAUUGCAGCCAAAGUUCCACUUCCCUUGUCUGUUGCAAUGCUGGCCUUUGGACGAAUGCAUUUAUACAAAGUACCAGACUUUGUGACUUUUUCUCUUCUUCUACAUGUGCUGUGUUGUAUUGUGUAACAUUUGUUAUGCAUAGGAAGAAUAGUGCAGCCUAGAAACUUAACAUUGGAGAUGGGGCAAAUUUCAACAAAGGAAUGCCUAGAUCAAUAUCAUCCGUAGUUUACAUUCUAUGGGAAAGAGGACAGAACUGGGAAUCUUUAUGAAAAGUUCAUGGUUCUGUACAUGUUGCUGAGAAAGCUUUUCAUGGUGUUUUAUCUCCUGACUGUGAAAAUUAAGUGAAUUAACUAUUGUGUCUAAGCACAUGAAUUGUAUCAGUGUAACAUCUCAGUACUCUGUUUGCCUUGUAGACACUUUGGUAUUUCACUAUACUACUUUGCUGAAACAGACUUUUUUUUACUCACUAUGCCAUACAGUGCAUAUGUUCUGAACUUGCAUCUCUUGCAGGUCUAAAUUAUGCUGGUUAAAACUCAACACAUUUCAAGCACACUGUGACUAUCACAAAAACUACACAGCCAAGUACACUUUCAAUCAUUUUAUGCUCAUUUAAAAGCUGCCACAGUUGUGACUAGACAAACUAGAAUGUACUGCUUAUUUAGAACUGUUAUUUCUAUCAGAUCAUUUGUUCAAUCAGUAUGAGUUGAACAUUUGUGAGAUUAUUGAAAGUCUUAUACAUUUUACUUUUUGUGAGAGAGAAAACAACAAUAUUCUGUGUAGCUUUCUAUUCAGGAAGAAUACCAGCAGAUUCAUAAAUAAUUUGCUGUAAUGUUGUUUUAAAACAUUGUCAGUUUUCUCUGGGAUUUUGUCAAUUCUGAAAUCACUCCUUGGACCUUGUCCAUGUGUAGAAGCUAGCAAACAUUGAGGUAUGGUGUGUGUUUAUGGUGCAGUUGCUGUAACACAGUUUCCAAGUAGACAAGGCAGGGCUUUUUUCCUGUUCUCAGUCAGCUGUCUCAUAAUAAAUGUCCAUACAUGAAAUUAAUAUGGAAUAGUUAACAACAACUCAUGCCCUGCCAUACAGUGCUAACUUCCUCAUGUGGACAAACUCUUAGUAAUAGUGGGAAAUACUGACCCAUAAUUUUUAGCUCUGUAUAAAGUACUAUCUUAGUGCCUAGAUGCUACAGUGACUGCCAUUUAUAAUAAAGCCUAAAAUAGCUUUGUGUAAGGAAUUCUGUCCCCUGGGUUUGUGUUUUGCCAACAGAAGAAAUCUCAGUAGCCAUUAAGUGAAAAUGAUGCAUUGAUUCUGCAUAGAGAUGAGCCUACUACUUGCUUCUGUGUUAGCUGUCUCUGCUCUGUCCAAGAUACCUGCUAUCUUCAUACAGAAAUACUAGACCAGUUCAAUCAGCUUACAUGAAUAAGAGGAAAUCUGCUACCCACAGCCAAUCAAGUAUGUUCUUGAUAUAGUAGUACAGCCAGCCUGACCCAUAAUUUUAUGGUAUCUCAUUAAUCUUGCCUAAAGUGCCUCAGUUAGUUCUAAGCGUGUUAUUAGGGUCAAUUAAUUUGAGCUGGCUGGAAAGACUUAAUUCAAACAGCAACUUUCUGAAAUGAAGGACAAAUGUGAAGUAAGCAUGUGUUUUGUGUGCUUAUAUCCAAGUCAGCUGUUCAGGUUAUCACUAAGUCAUUCAAACUGCUUUAACUGAGUAGGACUUUGGUAGUUAACCAAACCACUGUCACUGCUGUCAGUAAUCUAUGUGCUGGUAUUGUGGUCUUAACCUUUUUUAAAAAAGGUUAGAUUAUACCUAGUGUCUAUAAAUGGGAAAAGUUAUUUCAAUAGAUUAUAUCUUGAUACUUUCUAAUCAAAUGUAUGCUACAGUAUGUGUAUGUAAGAUAAUUUCUGUGUCUAAAUAUACUUGUAGCUAAAUCCACCAGUUGGUUUAACUUAAAAAUUGCUGUUCAGACAUACAAGAAUAGAGUAGUUAUUCUACUUUCAAAUGGCUGUGAAUGAAAGAUGGUGGCAGCACUGCGCUGGGGCUGGUAAAAGGCUGGCUGUGAAAGGUUCUGAUUUCUGUGGAUGAUAAUUUUAUUUGGCCUUCAUAAUCGUUUUGGUUUACUACUGUAUAUAUUCUGAUUUUGUUUUGUCAUAUUAAUGGGCUCUUUAUGCACAAAUCCAUUUGUUGGAGUUGUUGAUAGAAUAAAAUAAUAAUGAGAAUAAGGAGAGCAAGCAGUUCUCUCUGAGAGAUUAGGUGUCUAAUCCCAACUAGAUUUUCUGUAUAAUCAGUGGAGGGGGAUAGGUUUAGAACAAGUCCAGAGAACAAUUCCUUCCACUCUAAGAGAGGAUGAAUUAUCCUAGUUGCCAUUCUGAAAAGGACAAGAUUUUGUAAUAGUCUAAAAUUGUUUUUCAGGUAAAAUACAAUGAUUGUUGUUACUUUUGGAGAAGAGACUUCUGUUAUGUGAAUCUCUAGUUCUGCCACUGUUCAUAAUUAUAAUCUCUGCAGAAACAUAGGCUAACACAAUAUAAAUACUUCUAAUUGUGUGUAUGAGGAAGUGUAAAUAUACUGAAAUAUCCUUUAUUAUGAGUAGGCUGCAUCUAUAAACCAGCUUUGGCAAAUGUAUUGUAAUGUCUCUUAGUACCUUUAACUAAAUUAAAUUUCCAGUUUCUUCAUUAAAUUUUAGAUUAUCUAGACUGGGUGAGAGAAGAUCGAGACCCAAAUUAACUUGUAAUGGGUUAGACCUCUGCUCUGGAAGGGGAGAUUUGUAUUAUUAUGCAGACCCAAAUUCUGUUGUUCUCCUUCGGAAGUUACAGUAUUAAUUUGGCAGAGCCAUUGUUCUUCAUCCAUGUGGAUGUUCACCACAUUUAGAUGGAGAUUAUGCCACAUAAGCAUUUAGGUUGAGAUUAAGCUACUAUUUUUUCUUUUGUACCUCUUUCUAAUUUUUUAUAAGCUAUCAAGCAGAAACAGAAUAAAAAACAACACGGGUAAGGACCUAGAGUACCAAAUGUCACUGAUUUUAGGUACAGCGUAUAUGUACAGCAGCAUCUUUCUUUGGCACAGGCAGAGGGAGAUUCAAUGAGAAGCUUUAGUGACAUCUCCAUACCGUGAAUUGCUCUUGAAGUCUGUAAUAUUUUGUGGCUGAUAUGAUGAAACAUGUGUUCCUCAUAGUCUUACCAUGCUGCAAUCAUUAUAGCUAACAGUUCAUAAAAGGUCUGUAUUUUUCUGGUAAGGAAAACCCAUUACCUCUUAAUUGAAUUACCAAAUGUACCUUGAAAUUGAAUGAAUGAAUGUUGUCUAAAGGUGGUAUUUUCAGUUUUGAUUUAAAAGUUAGUUGCAGUAUGUCAUGUUUCAGCAUUAUGUUAAAAGGGGAUUGUUUUUUGGGGGGUUUGGUUUGUUUCCAAAAAAAUUGCAGUAACUGAAAUCUGAGUUAAUAAUAUUUCUCAUAUUUAGAGUUCUGCUCUGAUUUUGGUUUUGAGUGAGCUGAUGCAUGUAGCAAUUCAUUCCAAAACAUUAAUUUGCAAAGUUUUAACACAAACAAACAAAUAAAUAACACAACAAAACCCUAAACAAGGCAGUAGUAAUAUGUCAUAGAAGACACAGAGACAGCUUGUGUGUCUGAGUGAAUUUUUCAACUAUAACCUAAUUGGGCUACUUUUAAGGUCGGUGUUUAAAAAAUAAUAAAAUGUAUUGAUACUUAAACACACCAAAAAGCAUUGUUGCAUACAUCAGUAUUUGGUUUGGAGUCUAAUUUUCCAUGUGUUUGUUAGUAACAAGGCUAAGAACUUGUUACUUAACUUUUUUUCUGAAAUCUAAUACAUCUGACAGGACAGAAUAAAGUCAAUUAUGUGCCUGUGAAUAAAUGUAAAUGUUUGAGAAGCUUUCAUUGCAUUAAGCUUAUUUCAAUACAGUGGUGGGUGUGUUUAGACUUUGGUCUUAUUUAUACCAAGGAAAAAAACACGGACAUUCACAGACCUUCAAUACUCUGAGUUACUGAAAAUGUUUUUGUAAGUGGUUACAGCAUCUAUGAUAAUUGUGCUGCUGUUUUAAGUCACUAAGCUACUAGAAGACUGAUGGCUGUAAACCAGACUAAAUUCUUCAUGCUUAUUUUCCACUUCAUAAUCAAUGUUAGUCACUUCAUUUACAGCUUUGACUCUUUACAUCUCUUUUUUUCUCUGGGAGAUAAUCAAGCUAGCUUGUAUAAGCACUUGGCACUGUACUGUAAAAGGUUUUAAAACUUUCAUCACCAUUCCUUUAGGAGAGAUACACUUUUGUCACCAAAGCUAGAUGUUGCUCUUGUAUACCUCUGGAAAUGUGUGUGGAGGAAUGACAAUUGAAAGCAAAUAAUUUUUAUGUUUAAGUAGGUUUUCUACCUUUUUUUUUAAAGCCAGAACUUUAGUAUUCAUAAUAGAAUCCUUAAAAUCUCUAAAAGUUUAUUUGAAAACCUUUUGCAAAUAUUACGUUUUCUCAUGCUUAUUCUUACUUAGGGAAGAAUGUAUUCAAAGCUUUUAAUCAGCUCACUUAUCUUAAAGUUUAAAUAAAAUCUGUAUAUUUCAUCUUGUUAAUAAACAUUACUGCUUUAACAAAUAAAUUUUAAGCAUCUAAGGAGAAUAUUCUAUAGCUCUUACUUAAGCAAAUCUGCCCAGCACCUCAAUUUUUUAGGUAUCUAAGCACGUAACUGCCUUAAAUGCGUGCUUAUUGCCUUGUAGCAUGAAAACCUGAUUCAAAGCCGUGAUGUUUUGUCUUCAAUUUCACUGGGUCUCACUCUGCAUUCAUAAAUGCAGACGGAUUUUGCUACUCAUGCUGUCCUAAACACAUCUUGUAAGCCUCUCUACAGUUAUUGGCAGGUUGUGGUCUGGAUUCUGCAAGAAUCUAUGUGGUAUCAGAGCUAAUUUGGUGUCUAUAAAAGUCAGGAAUGGCACACACAAACUUGUUACUUGGUGGCAUAUCAUUCCAGUUCCUCCUUCUGUAUGCAGUUAUCCUUGAUUUGCAGUAUCCUUCUGCUAUGGUAAAAAACACAGUGUCACAGUAACAGUAGGGACCAUGACUGACUUAGUGAAAAUAGGCAGCAGCUGUCCUGUAGACUGUUGUUCUAUUGAAGUUUUGCAUGUUUGUUGAGAUACCAGCAAAGACUCUUUUUUUCCCUCCAACUUCAAUCAUUUCAGGGUAUAUAUAAAGUAUCAAACAUGCAAAUGUGUUGAUGUUUAGUUUCAUAAAACUUUAAAUGCGCUACUUUGGGCUCAGUUCAGAAUUCAGGCUUCAGUAUUUUCCACUUAUGUCACUUUGAGUGUGAAAACAGUAUUUGAGACUGCAGCACCUGACAACUCAAAUAUUUUACAGAAGUCUACACAUAGUAGAUGUGACACCUACUUACAGUGCCAGACCAAAACUGGAAUAUGAAAUUCCUCGCUGUGGCUUUAAACUGGUAGCUUUCUAGAGCGAAAAAAGCACUGUGCCUUAAACCAGUCAAUGAAUACACUCAAACUGUAGCCUGUGGGCUUCUGUAGCCUUAUAUUUGAUUUUUGAAAUUGACCAAAAAUAAUUGUGUGGAUCAUACUGAAACUUGAUUUGGGGAAAAUACUUUUACAAAAUUAUUUUAACCCCCUUUUACACUUAGGGAAAUGAAGACUUAGGACAAGUACAGUAUAUUUGUGGUUUGGAAUCACACCAACCCAAAUUAGAAAGCUUUAGCUACCCUUAGUUUCUCAAGUCUUUCAAUUGUGACAAAAAGAAAAAUAAGGAAGAAGAACUAGUCUCAGAUAUCUGUCUCAACUUCGAAGCCUGUGUGUCAAAUUAUUUUUCAAACGUUUGUUCUUUGGUUUCUUCAAUAUAAGACCCCCCCCCAAUUGUAGUUCAAGCAAUAUAUUGUAUUUAAGCCAUUGAGUAUCAAUAUCUACCCCAGUGUGAGAAAUAAGCUAGAUGGGGGUGGGUUGCUUGGUUGGUUGUGUUAAAGCUCUGGAAGUUUUGAAUAACGAAUUUCACUUUUUACGGAAAAUAUUAAUAAAACAUUUAUACAUUCUGUUCUUCUCAAUCCAUUACAGAAAACCAGAAAUAGUCAAGAUAUUAUGAUUUUGUUUUGGUACAGUAGAUGGAUUUCUUAUGUAUACUUUUCAAUAUGAAGAACUUGGGAAAAGCCACCACUGGCUUUCCUUAUGUGUCUCCAUAGGAUUCUUGGUAUGUUUUUGGGGGGAAAGAAAAUUUUGACCCCACCCUGUAUUGGUACUGUAUAACACUGAUUCUUGAAUAAAGAUGCCAUCUCAAAGCUUAUCAUUGAACUGUGGCAUAUUUAGAUAUCCAUGCAAAAUGACUGCAUGUCAGCUGAUCACAGUAAUUGUUUGAAGCCAUACAAAGCAAAGUUAUUAACCUUCUCUCAUUGAGAACUAACCUGGCUGCCAUGAUGCUGCUGAUGCUGUGGCACAGCAGAUAACAUGCAAUUUUUGUCUUUCCUGCUACUUCCUUCUGUAUGUUAGUUUAGAACUUUUAAAAACCCUUGUUCUGGUCACCUAACUUUUUCUUCCUUCUUUUGUGAUGAUGUUGUUUCAGUAAUCCUAAUCACUGCUGAUUUUUUUAGCUACAGGAAUAGAGGAACAGUCUAGUAUUAAAAUCAUUGAGAGGGAAGAGUUACCUUUAAGGCCUUUAUAUAUGGUGAAUAGUCUAGAAAAGCCGUGUAACCUAGGCCUAGCAACAUGAUUCCCUACUUAGCUUUGAAUUGUUUUUCCAAGCACAAAUAAUAAUAAUAAUAAUUGGAAUAAUGUUGGCCAAAAUACCUGUUUAGUUGGAUGAGAGAGAGGGUGCUGCUGUUUGGUUGGUUUUAUGAGGACUUAAAACUUUGAAGAACACAAAUUUCAUAAAUUGUGUUUAUUACUAUUAAAUUACAUAAAUUUCCCAAAAACGUAAUUUUUGGGGAAAUCACUUCAUAAGCAACCUGUCUUACUUAUUUUUAACUCUUUCCCUGCUUUCAGUUUUUAUACGGCUAGCGUAAAUCUGGUGGUGUAGGUGGAACGAACUCUUAAUAGUUACAUGUUUCUAGAGAUGCUGACAGGGUCUUCUCUGUAAAUGUUUGAAUAAUGCUACAAUAAAUGAUUGUGCUUACUGAAAUGUUUAUAACUGAAUUCUCAGAUACAGAUCAUACAAUGUGUGAUGAGCCUUGGCAAAGUCCUUGUUUAUGAGAAGCUGAGAAAACCUUGGAGAACAGGUAUCUUCAGCUGACGCUGAAACUGCUGAAAGCGGAAAUCUCAGCAUCUUUAAAAACUGUGCUUUUAGAUGCUGGUAAUUUUUUUGCUGAAGCUGAGGGCAACUUGAGUGGGAGCUACUCUGGGAUGUUUGUAUUUUGUUUGAUGGUUUCCCUGUCAACAGCGUAUAAUUCACAUUUUUUUAACUUGUCUUUUUUUUACCUAAGUGUGCAUGACUAAAGAGAACGUUGUAUAGCAUAUGCUCUGCUAAAGAAACACUUCUGUAUAUUUUUGUAUGGUGUUCUGACAUGGUUGCAAUACUACAAAUGGUUGUAAUUCACAAAAAAUGCCACUUACCACUCAUACUCUGUGGAGUGUCGUGAAUGUUACCUGUACUUCUGUUGUACAAACAUGCUAAUGAGUGUCGUGAUGAAUGUUUGUUUGCCUUUAGUCUUUGCUCAGGUACUCAUGUGGAGCAGUUUGGUGCUUUUCUUUCUAACUUGUAAUACUUGGGAUUCUAAGCAACAAAUAAAAACAGUGAAUAAAAAAGCAUGGCAGUUAGAGCAGUACUUUAUGUAAAACACUUUUUUUUCCAUCUCAAGUAGAGUACAAUAAAGAUCAUCCCUAAUGAA